CUAACAUGAACACCAAAACAAGACAAGACUUUUCAUUCGUCAUAGUGUAAUAAUUAUUUCUAAAUCAGUUUUAUCAUUUCUGACAGUCUGUGUCUAAUAGUUAGAAUUUUUUCAAUAAUUUCUUUUAUUUUUAAAAUCCUGUUAGUCGUAUUAUGAUCGCCGACUUCAAAUAUGAUGCAAUUUCUCUCUAUAAGUCACUGGUGAUAAAUUAUCCUUAAAUUUUUAAAUUUCAUGUGUUUAUGACAGUGCCAAUUUUAUUUUCUUCCUCCUAUCCUCAGUUUUCAAGAUACAGGCCAAAUUAAUAAAUUUACUUAAAAUAUGGAUUGUAUAUUUCAUGAAAAGCAAGAGGGAUCAUUAUGUGCUCAGCAUUGCUUAAAUGCUCUGCUGCAAGGACCUUAUUUUACGCCUGUAGAUUUAGCUACUCUAGCUGAAAAAAUGGAUGAUGAAGAACGAUUACGAAUGGCAGAAUCAGGGAUUGACAGUGAUGAUUACAGAAGAUUUAUGCAGCAACCUUCCGAAAAUAUGGACGACAGUGGGUAUUUUUCAGUACAGGUUAUUAGUUCAGCAUUGGAAGUAUGGGGACUUGAACUUGUGCCUUUCAACAGUUCAGAGCCAGUAUGUGAAAAAGCGAAACAGAAUCCUGAGAGUAUGACCGCUUAUAUUUGUAAUUAUAGAGAUCAUUGGUUUACUAUAAGAAAAUUAGGAUAUCAAUGGUUCAAUUUAAAUUCACUUUUGAGUGGACCUGAACUGAUAUCGGACACUUAUCUAAGCAUAUUUAUAGCUCAACUCCAACAGGAAGGUUACUCAAUAUUUAUUGUGAUAGGAAGUCUUCCUGAUUGUCCUGCUGAUGAGGAGCUCAAAAAAUUUCCGGCUGUGAAGGUACCUAAACCUUUGCCCAAGAAAACACCUGUAAAAACUCAGCAGGAAUUCGAAUUAGAAAAAGCGAUCAAGCUCAGCCUUGGUAUGCCUGUUGAUAAGGACGAAGAAGAUUUACAAGCUGCUAUAGAACUUAGCCUGCGUGAAGAAACACAAGAUCCCUCUCUGGACCAUGCUAUUAAGCUCAGUCUUCAACUGGAUCCCUCUCAGCAAGCAGGUGGAGAUCCAGGUUCCAGUAAAGAAAAAAAUCCCGAAAGUUUUGAGAGUAGUAUCGAAGACAGUGAAGAACUGCAAGGUGCUAUUAAACUUAGUUUAGAAGGCCAAGACCUACCGCCUGAGGGAACAAUACUAAGGAAGCCGCGGGUUGUAAAUAUACCUAUUCAAAUUGAAGGACGACAAGAUAUGAACCAUUCGACGGUUACGAAUAUCCCGUCUGUCCGAUCAGAAGAAAGGGUGGUGAGUGAGCCUAAGGUUGUUAAUAUUCCUAUAAAAAUUGAGGGGCGUCAAAAUGUGCAGCCUAAAGCUGUGAACAACUCUACUACGCCUAUGGAAGGUGUCGUAGAUGCAGCUGAGAUUCGAAGAAGAAGGCUCGCAUACAUAGAAGGGAAGGCUAGCUCGUCGAAAAGAUAACAAAUUAUUUAUUACGACUCACCCUCGUUGACAUCUUUUCUUUCAGAUUUACUAACUGAUUUAACAUUUAGUACAAAUAGUUAUAGUGACCCGAUUCUUAGCUAACAGAUUUUUCUCACAUCAUAGUCAAAUAAAUUAAAUUAUAUAUCUCAGAUUGUUAUCUAAAGUUGUUGUUAUUUUUAAGUCUAUCUUGACCGAAUGUGACACUGUGAUGAAAAUGUCUUACCAUUAUUAAUAAUUCGUUGUAGAUAUAUAUUAUAAGUACCGCUGCGGUAUUUUUAUGAAACAAAUGCAAUAUUAUAUUAAGAUCACUGUAACCUCUGUAUUGUAAACAAUUUGUAAAUAUUAUAUAUAAAAUUAUCUCAUUAUUGUAAUUUGU